AUGAGGUUUUUCCCGUUGGAUCUGGAGGGCGCAGUCACGGGGCUGGCAGCCACACAGAGCGAGCAGCUGGGGCUGGCGCACCGUGGGGACGGCCACGCGUCCCUCACGGCUCCUUCAGGGCCUGGCGGUGUUUCAGCCAGAUUCCUGGCCCCAAGGUUCUGGGCUGUGAUUCUGCUACUGGGGCUUGCCAUGAUGUCGAAGGGCAUGUCCUACCAUGGGCGCCUCCGCUGCCGCUGGACCGACCCAGCUGCACAAGCAGAGUGGCCAGGCCCCCGUCAGAGGUCACCCCUGGCCGGGCCUGAAGGUCAGCUGCUGCCUGUUCCUCCCAAACUCCCAGCCUCCCAGCACUUCGACUGGGAGGUGGCGGAGCGCAGCAGGAAACCCGCGCCCCUGCAGCGCUGCCCCGUGGCCAGCGCCAGGCACCCUGCUCGUGACCAGCGGAGUGAGAGGGGGCUGGUUCAAGCCCCGGAGAAGGGAGCCAUCAGCAGCAGCCUCGGAGCAGAAGCAAGGUCCUCAUCCUGGAAAGGGCUGAACUGUGCCCUGUUCUUCAUGCCGAUGGUCAGCCCUGAGCUGUCUGAUGCAACUUUCAUUUCGGUCGCCUUUCUGAUUCUCCUAGUCUUGGCCCGAGAAGAGUGGGUAAGAGAAAAGUCUCUCAUGUUCCACGGCAGCUCGGCAGUCACUCCCAGCUCGGGGAAUCCGGAGACCAUCCCAGCUCUGUCUGCGCCGUGGCCUAGCUCCCAGUGUUUUAGCCUAAAACCUGAGCUCCGUCCCUGUCUGAGUGAAGCAGGCGCUCUGCACACACUCUCUUGCCGGCUUUGCUCCCGGAAUAGGAACACCGGCUCUCUACGGCUCCCUGAGAGCAUCCUCCUGUUUUUCAAAGGAAGAAGGUAA